AUGUCUACUUUUAGCAAUUCCGAUGCUGCCAACCCAGAUCCCUACAAGGAGAAGAACAAGGAGGAGCCUUCGUUAGACGAGAAGGUCAAGGACCUCAUCACCUUCGCCGACAAGAGCAAGUUCUGCAUGAUGACCACCAAGGAUAGCGAGACUGGCUUGCUAGUCAGUCGCUGCAUGGCGCUGGCUGGAAAGGAGAAGAACGGUACCGAACUCAUCUUCCAUACCAAUACCGAGACCGGUAAGACGGACGAUUUGACCAACGAUGCGGCCAUCAACCUUGCUUUCCUCAAUCCCUCGGGUGAGUGGGCGUCUAUCUCCGGCACCGCUUCGGUCGAGACCGACCGAGCUGUUGUUCAGAAGCACUACUCCCCUGCCCUCAAGGCAUGGCUCGGCGACCUUGGCGAUGGCAAACAUGACGGUGGUCCAAACGACCCUCGUAUUGGUGUGAUUAGGGUCAAGGCGAAGACUGCUCAGUACGCCAUCAGUCGGAGAACUGUCAUUGGUGGCGCCAUUGAGUUUGCCAAGGGUGUGGCCACCGGCGAGGCUGCGAGCGUCAACAAGCUGCGCUACUUGAGCGAGUCUGAACUGCAAGGAUGGGCUGCCUCUGGCUCUCUGUAG